ACAUUUAUACUGAAAACUUUACCCCAUUGUGAUGUUCCUAACUUUUUAAUGCAGCUGAAAUGGUCAGAAGACAAGCUCUCUUUCCCGGUGACUCUGAGUUGCAACAGUUGCUUCACAUUUUCAGGUUGUUGGGAACACCUACUGAGGAGCAGUGGCCUGGAGUGAGUGGCUUGAGGGAUUGGCACGAGUUUCCACAGUGGAAGCCCCAGAGUUUGGCCCGUGCUGUCCCAACGCUGGAACCUGAGGGCAUUGACCUGCUAUCAAAAAUGCUUCAGCUAGAUCCUGCAAAUAGGAUAUCAGCUAUCGCCGCGAUGGACCAUCCCUACUUUAACAGCCUUGACAAGUCCCAGUUCUAGUCUGAAGCUGCUACUAUGAAGAAGUGAGCUUUCCGAUGGAGCUAUAAAUUUCACUUGCCAUCUAGGCAAGUGGUUCAUAGUCUAUUAGUGACGUGUUACCGAGUAAAAUUGGCGUGCCUACCUUUUUGUGUCAGGGUUUUUAUAGAGCCAUGUGUGUGUGUGUGUGAGUGAAUAAACUAUAUAUCCUUUCAUGUACCAAAAUCUGUCUUGAAAACUUGUCUUGUAGCGUAACACAAGGUUAUAUGUUGGGAGGCACCGUGUUUUUUCUGUUAACCGUGCAGUCUAAAGAAAGCAAAGCUGUAACCACUGAUGGAUCAUUGUUUGGUGUUCUGUCCGAGCACGGAGAAAAUGUUUCAGACUUGGACAGCUA